GGCGUGUGUCCCUCGGUCAGCGGGUCAGUCGUCUUCUUGUCCCUUGUCUGUCAACAUGUCUCGUUGCCUCGCGCUGGCCCGGUUCGCCCUCGGUUUCUCGAGGACCAGCUCACGGCUGACGUCAUGUGUGCGAGGGCUGAGCAGCGGAGUUACCUCGCGCUCCUUCAGUGGAGACCUGCAGGUUGGACAGCAGCGGCGGUGGAGCAGUCGGCCCACAGUGUGGAGCUCCCAGCGGCCCUGCCUCGGCUUCAGCCAGCACUCUUACUACAGCACCCAGGAAGCGGAGAAAGAGCCUGAAGAGGAGCCUCUACACACCAUCAUCAGCGACACAGAGUCUGUUCAAGGUGACUUUUCCAAACAUGAAUUUCAGGCUGAGACGAAAAAACUGCUGGACAUUGUUGCCAGGUCCUUGUACUCAGAGAAGGAAGUGUUCAUCAGGGAGCUCAUCUCGAACGGCAGUGAUGCUCUGGAGAAGCUGCGCCACAAACUGAUGACAGCAGGUGGUGAAACUGCACCGAUGGAGAUCCACCUGCAGACUGACAACGCUAAGGGCACCUUUACCAUUCAGGACACAGGAGUGGGGAUGAACCAAGAGGAGCUGGUGGCCAACCUGGGGACUAUCGCCCGCUCCGGUUCAAAGGCAUUUUUGGAUGCCCUGCAGAACCAGGCAGAGGCCAGCAGCACCAUUAUUGGUCAGUUCGGGGUGGGCUUCUACUCCGCCUUCAUGGUAGCCGACUCUGUGGAGGUCUACUCCCGGUCCGCUGAGCCCGACGCACCCGGAUAUAAGUGGUCCUCUGACGGCUCUGGAGUUUUUGAGAUCGCUGAAGCCACCGGUGUUCAACAGGGCACAAAGAUCGUGCUGCACUUCAAAGACGACUGCAAAGAGUUUUCCGCUGAGGACCGAGUCAAAGAGGUUGUAACUAAGUACAGCAACUUUGUCAGCUUCCCCAUCUUCCUGAACGGGCGGAGGCUCAACACGCUGCAGGCCUUGUGGAUGAUGGAGCCUAAAGAGAUCAGUGACUGGCAGCACGACGAGUUUUACCGCUACGUCGCCCAGGCCUACGAUAAGCCCCGCUACACGCUGCACUACAGAGCCGACGCCCCGGUCAACAUCCGGAGCAUCUUCUAUGUUCCUGACGCGAAGCCGAGCAUGUUUGAUGUGAGCAGGGAGAUGGGCUCCAGCGUGGCUCUGUUCAGCCGGAAGGUUCUGAUCCAGACCAAAGCCACUGACAUCCUGCCCAAGUGGCUGCGCUUCCUCCGAGGUGUGGUGGACAGUGAGGACAUCCCUCUGAAUCUGAGCAGAGAGCUGCUGCAGGAGAGCGCCCUCAUCAGGAAGCUGCGUGACGUCCUGCAGCAGCGGGUGAUCCGCUUCCUGCUGGACCAGAGCAAGAAGGAGCCGGAGAAAUACAAGAAGUUCUUUGAGGAGUACGGCUUGUUCAUGAGGGAGGGCAUCGUCACCACGCAGGAACAAGACGUCAAGGAGGAUAUUGCAAAGCUGUUGAGAUACGAGUCCUCUGCUCUGCCAGCGGGCGAGCAAACCAACCUGAUGGAGUACUCCUCCCGCAUGAAGGCCGGCGCUCGUAACAUCUACUACCUGUGCGCGCCGAACCGCCAUCUAGCAGAGCACUCCCCGUACUACGAGGCCAUGAAACAGAAAGACAUGGAGGUGCUGUUCUGCUACGAGCAGUUUGACGAGCUGACCCUGCUCCACCUCCGGGACUUCGACAAGAAGAAGAUGAUCUCAGUGGAGACGGACAUCGUGGUGGAUCACUACAAAGAGGAGAAGUUUGAAGACGUCAAGCCAGCCUCUGAGCGUCUGACGCAGGAGCAGGCCGACGACCUGAUCUCCUGGAUGAAGAAUGCUUUGGGCCCCCGAGUCACCAACAUAAAGCUCACCCCUCGGCUAGACACCCACCCAGCUAUGAUCACGGUGCUAGAGAUGGGUGCUGCUCGCCACUUCCUCCGCACCCAGCAGCUGGCUCGCACCCCCGAGGAGAGAGCGCAGAUUCUGCAGCCCACACUGGAGAUCAAUGCAGGACAUGAUUUGAUCAAGAAGAUGCAGGCACUGAAGGAGACGAACUCUGAGCUGGCUGGGCUGCUCCUGGAACAGAUCUAUGACAAUGCUAUGAUCACAGCCGGUCUGAACGACGAUCCCCGACCGAUGAUUUCCCGCCUUAACGACCUGCUGACGAAAGCUCUGGAGAAGCACUGAGACAGACAUGAACAGUGCAGACUGACUGGGUUUUACGCCUCUGAAGGGCGUACAAGGCUGGAUGACUGCAAAAGAGAACCAACAGGACUGUGUUUGUCUGGAGCCUUAAAAACACAUCCCUUUUCCCCCUCUAGACUACUUCAUUAAACCCUUGUGGAGAGCACAUAAAGGCUUUAAAGUGCAGGUGUUGUGAAGAUGAACUGAAGGAAGCUUCUCUGUAAAUCCCUUGUAUGUCUUUAUGCCGUGUGCAGAACUAUUUCAUCAGGCUCAAUGUCGUCCACAUCUGGUGCAGAGUAUGGAAGGAACUCUGAUUUCUAGAUCUCAUUUCAAAAUCCUUGAAAAUCCGUGAAAUACUAUGUGUAAAGAUAGUGUGCAUUAAAGCUUAGAAGUGGUAGGAGACUAUUCAAGGCUUAAUUAUAAAUGCAAGACAUUGUUACGCAGGUUACACUUAGCUUUCUGUUUUUUAUAAGCGCUCAAAUUGUUUUGUUCUCCAUUUUCUGUUCACUUUGUGGUUUAUAAAAUGCUAUACCUGAAUGUGGCAAUAUUUAAUGUAAUUAAAUAUUUUUGAACUGGGUCAAAUUAGAAUGUUUGUAGAUGGUGUGUGUGAGCUGCAGAUGUGACUUGUCAGCGGUCAAACAUUGGUAUUAAAAUAUCAUUGAAUCUAAUAAAGAAACAUUAAUUCUGAGA